UUUGUUUGGCCCUUGUGUGCCAAGUAAUCUUUGAAAUGAGUUUCUUUGGUCAGCAUCAAGUGACACACACACACACACUCGUAUAGAUGUAUGUAUAUGUAUGUAAUUGUUUGGUCCUUGUGUGCCAAGUAAUCUUGGAAAUAAGUUGCUUUGGUGAGUAUCAAUUGACACACACACACAUAUAGAGAGAGAGAUUUUCUUGUUGAAUUUUUCUUCACAACUCAAAAAUGGAAUUAUUUUGUAAAAGUGUAAUGGAGAGUUUUGGGAAUACCAAUACAGAGGAAGAAGUCUUCCAUGAUGAAUAUAGGUCUGAUUUUAAAUGUUAUCCAACUAUGAAAAGGAGGUUCUACCUUGAGCCGAAGGGUUGUCCACCCCUGGGAGACAUCAUAAAACAGCAUGCUCUUCCCUUCCUACCAGCAAAAUCGCUUUGCAGGUUCAGAGCUGUUUCUAAAGAGUGGAAUCGGUGGAUAAGCUGUCCUUUUUUGGCUCACAUGCAAACUAUCCACUUUAAAGAUGUUUCUGGCCUUCUUUGUCAAUCUCCUGGUUUAGACCCCUCCUUCAUCUCAUUCAACCCAGAUGCUUACAGCAUUCCAAGUCCCUCCCUGGAGUUCUUACCUGAACGUGUUCGUAUCAGAGUCACAUGCAAUGGAUUGGUAUGCUGCCAAAGCCGUUAUGAUGAGUUUGUCUACUACAUGUGCAACCCUGUGACUAAGGACUGGGUAGUGCUUCCUGAGCCAAAGUUGUGCCAUACUCCUGAAACAGCAAUAGCACUUGCAUUUAACCCGACCACACUGAAUUUUUCUGCAAAUUAUGAGAUUGUUUGUGCUGUCCCUGUUGCUUUAAAUGGUGUGUCAGCUCUGUUUUUUGAGAUUUACUCAAAGAGUUCAAACUCUUGGAGGGUUGCUGAUACAGUUUGCAGUGAACUGAUCGCCUCAAGUCUGACUCGUAAUGGGUUCUACUUGAAGAAUGUUGUCUAUUGGAAGACAUCUUCUGGUGCAGUUUUAGCUUUUGAUUUGAAGAACGAGGUCUAUGGGAUUCUGUCACUUCCUUAUGGCAUUGAAUCACAUGGUGCUUUGAUGCAGAUGUAUGGGGAAUUGUGUUACAUUCUUCCAGAAAUACAAGACGGAGAAUGCAUGUUAAAUGUUUAUGGAAACAUGGCUAUGAACCUGAAGUGUGUAAUUCCUCUUAAAUCUGAAGUUGUGGGUGAAAAAGUUUCUUACUGCCGGGUUUUGACUUGCGUUAACGAUGACAUGCUGAUAAUUUUGCUCCCAAGUAGGGUUAUUGGUUAUCAUGUGAGAAAACAGAAUGUGGAAUUGUUAAGUGAGCAGAGGACUGAAGAUUUCGAAACUUUUCUCCCGUAUAUAAAUAGCCUUGUGGCUGUCCAGAAGUAGCUGUGAAACCAGAUUUCAGAUGUGAUGUCCCACUCCCAAACUUUUCGAUGACAAAUUUCUGAAAAUUUAAACUUGAAACUGAAGAUUAGGACUGGAUGGAUGCUUUAAUUUGCAGUUGUCUUUAUUUGUCUAAGCUCAGUGAUGUUGAACUAUGAUGUUUCUAAAUAUUCAGAUCUAUUGUUGUGAAAAACAAUUGUGGGAUGUUGUAAAUGGUUUCUUCUUUAUUGUGAUAUAGCUGUAUUAGUUUUGAAA